UUAUAUGCUUUUGUUGCUAGAUUUGAUGAUGAGAGGAUGGCGUAGAAGAUAAAGCACCGACAACAAGUGCUGUCAUAUACAAUAUAAACAUUUUCAUCAUAUCAUCACUUUCGACAAAUCAAACCCACAUUUUACUCUUUAGAGCUCUUCAACCUUUCCUAUAUCUCAAAAUCAUGUCUAUUUCAUUGCCUUUACUCAUAUACAUUCUCUUUGCAUCCACUGUUAAUGUUCUAGCUCUCACCCAACAACCAAAAGACUUAGUCCCAUGCACAAUGUGCGCAGAGUGCGACAACCCCUGUCAACCCCUGCCACCUUCACCUCCACCUCCAUCGCCACCGCCACCGGUGGUAGAGUGCCCUCCACCACCGUCACCGUCACCACCUCCACCGUCACCUCCGCUUCCACCGGCGAUAGUUGAAUGUCCACCACCACCAAAGAUGGCAUGUGGAGAUAAUUGUGAAAUACCAGAAGGACCACCCGCAGGUUACUUUCCAUCAGGAACACCGUAUGAAUACUAUGUUCCAGGUAAUGUGAAGAAUAGCGGUGGAAAGAUGAAGCCAUAUCAGGGGAUACUCUUCUCCAAUUAUCUGACUUCUUACUCUCUCUAUUUCACCAACUCCUUCAUUUAUGUUUACUUGUUUGAUGUUUAGCUUAAUCAUCGUGGUAGGUAGCAGAAGAAAAGAAUGAAAAAUAAAACUCAGUGCUGGCUCGGUUCCGCUAUUCAUAUAUUCAGUCUCAAUGGCUGCCACACUCUAAUUUCUUUCAAAUUAUUUAAUAGAGUUUAAUUCA